AUGGAUGCACGUUCCACGCUGGGCGUGGAGUUCUGUAUGUGCUGGACUGAUCCCAGUGUAUCCGAUUGGAUCAUUACCAUACCAGUGCUUUUUAGCAGUUUAACAUCAAUCAUAAUGAUGUUGAAAGUGUUGUACGUCCUAAUAACGAAAUGUGACGUGCCAAGUUCCACCAACCCCUUUUCUAAGUGGGCAGCCAGAUUCUCAAUCUUUCUGAUAGCAUUUUACCCAGGGUACUACACGUUCGAGUGCUUUUACCAAGGUUUCGGAAUUACUUCAGCUAUAAUAACCGAUUCUAAGGGCUUAGUUACGAACGUGACCUUUUUUUUCGCGAACCAAGAAGUUAUCACGACCUUGGGUAAUGCAUGGGCGCGUUGGAGGAUGCCCCCCGAUGACAUUUUAAUGAGAGGUGCGAUUACACCAACAAGACCGGCCACCGUAAACGAGACAAAGGUU